GCGAGCCGGUCUCGGUGGGUCUAGCUGCCGGCCAUGGCGUCUGUCCUGAUAGACGCGCUCUUGUCGAAUGUUCUGGACUAUGACUCGUUAUUCGAAGCGCUGGCCUGGCCGGAGGAUUCGUGGCCGGAAAAGGAGAGGGUCGAGGCGCUGACGAUGCUCGUCGAACGACUCGGACCCCGUCUGGCGCAGUCGCCGACAAACGAGACCCCGUUUACGGAGGCCGAAAGACACCGCCUGGUCGGGAAGCUGGAGUGGCUUGUUUGGACCCUCUGCGUCCCCUGUCUGUCGAGGGUAUCGGAAGAAGAGGCGGCGGCGGCUCGCAAGGGUCCGGGCCCACAAGACGGGCGGUGCCGAGACGCCGCCGCCGCCGUGUGCAGGCUGGUGGGGGCUUGCGUCCCGUCGUGUGACGGCGCUACGGCGGAGCGACUGGCUCGCUUUGCUCUGCCCGCGCUGCAGGGGUCAAAGGGCGGCGGCGAGGAGGGCCGGCUGGACGGCGCCCCCUCUACGGGGCGGCUGGACGUAGAGGUUGCCGUGGAACUCGUGGCUGUCCUGCUGCCCACCCUCUCGGCGGACGCGAGCCUCGGCCCCGCCACGCUUACGUCGGCCUUGUCCUGCGUCACCAGACAGGCCGACGCGGUCGUCUCCAAAGUCGCCGUCAGGCUCCUGCUGCCCUUCCUGGCGCGCUGCGGCGGGGCGGGGUUAAGGGGCGCGCUCCACCUCGUGCUGGACCGCCUGUGCCGCUGGCACUCGCGCGGCGGGGCGACGCGGCGCGUGCUGCUGUGCUUGACCGCGCUGUCGGACCCGCUGUUCACGCCGGCCGAGCCGCGCCGGGCCUUUCGGAACCCGCUGUCCCGUCAGCCGGACCCGCGUGUGCUGCUGCAGCUCUGCAGGGUCCUGCAGGACGGGCUGACGCACAGGGACAACGUGUCGCGCAAGAGGGCUCUGUACCUGCUGAAAAGGUGCGUGGCCUUCUAUGAAGAGGAGAACGUCGAGUGCCCCCCCUGCCUGCCAGCGGGCGAAGUCGGAGCUGAGGUCUUGUUCAGAUGGAGCCCUGGCAGGAGCAAGUUGCUCAAAGAGUUCUGGGAGGACUAUGCGCUGGUUAUGGAGACCUUGGAGGAAAACCAGAUUCAUGUCGUCCGCCCAGUUCUUAACAGAAUAGAUGUGUUGAUCCAAACAACAGCAGCUGAUAGUCAAGCAUCAGACACUCGCCUCUUCCAUCCGUCCUGGCUGCUGUGUGUGUACCAGAGAAUGUUCCACAGUGAGAACAAGUCCUUAAUGAGAGAGGGGGUGCAACACCUGCUGGAGCUCCAGGCACUUCAGCAACCAGCUUUUGCCGUGUCCUUCUCCCAGUUUAUUGUGGGUCCCUUCAUGGAUGUUCUGUCUGAAAGCUCCCUCUUCCACAGGGGCGUCAGACAGAACGUAGGAGAUUGCCCCGAGCUAGGAGCUAAACUCCAACAUUUCCUGACCACCUUCUUCAGUAGCUUGCCAUCAGAACAUAGAGGCUCUGUGUUGCUGCAGCUCAUCCAGCGGCUGGCGUCUCAACACUGGUGCGCAGUACCGAUCCUCUUCCUCUCCCAGGCCUUAUCCAGCCUUCCCGCAAUCCCUUUGCUGGGGACUGAUGGCCUCCAUGCUCUCAGGGAGGUACUGCGUUCCACCAUGAUUACUCAUCAAGUCCUGCUGAGAGGAGCGGCGCAGUGCUUCCUCUUACACAGCGCCCUCUGUCUCACAGAUGUGAGUUCAGUUACUCUAGACGAUGUCUUCACUUUCUUGGUGCAUUUCCGUGCAGAUGAGUCGCUAUGUAGAGGGACGCAGCUUUGGAAUAAGCUGUGUGUCUGGUUGUCGGACAAUGAGGGUGUUUUCAAGCCCUGUGUCGGGGCGGGGGAAAGGGACCCGCAGCAUGGAAGGGUUUGUGAUUCUGCUUCCACAAGAAAGGAAACUUUAAAAGCCUACGUCUGUUCAGAGAUACACAGUUUUCUCCAAGUCCCACCUAGCACAGGUCAGACUGAAAGGUUGCCAGACCCAAAGGAGGCUGAUAAGCUGGCAAGGACAAUUCUCUUAUACCUAGACAUGGAGAACACCAGACUUGGCAGAAGGUCAGGCUCUGCGUUGGAGUCAUUGCUGUCCCCGUUGCUAGACACCCUGGGUCGAGUCAGCACCAAUGUCUACCAGCCGCUACGCAAGACUGAUAAGAGUCUGCAGCUCAUGCUCCGCCUGUUCCAGCUGAGAGGAGCACCAGGUUGUCGGGACAUCGAGGAGGGUCAAGAGGAUGAUGUAGUGGUUGCCAUGGAGAUCCUUAUUCUUGAAGUUGCUGAUUCCGUCCAAGAGUUUAUCCUGAGGAGACUGAGCAGUGAAAUGCAGGAGCCAUUUGAUGUUGAGAGGGCAGAGCUGUAUCUCUGUGUCCUGAGGCAGCUGGUAAUGAUGUACAGAGAUGAACCGCAGUACCGCAAACAAAUGGAGAAAACCUAUCUCCCUAAACUCAUCAAAAAUAGCCUCGAGGUCCUCCAAACACCAACACAACAGAUCCCCUCUGUGGCAUGCCAGGUGGUAAAGGCAAUUGCAAUGGAAUCCUUGGCUACAGUUUGCAGUCUAAUGGAGCAGCAUGGGCUCAGCACUAAAACAGUUUUGAUAUGUCUGAAUGACUACUUCUACAGUGGAACCACUAUUUCCUCUCACAGCCAACUCCAUCUAGAACACUUUAACCAGACCCUGAUGAAGCCACAGGCAGUAGGCUGUUCAAGUGAUACAGGAGUGCAAGGUCUUCUGCAGGACUGGGGACGCAUGGCUGCUUGUUUUAUGCGAGACCAGUGGACGUGCCUGUGCUUCCUGACGAGGGCUGCUGUUAUUCCCGAGUAUGGGGAGACUCCCAGUGGACUCAACACCCUCAAAGCUGCUUUGGGCUGCAGCGUGGAGGCACUGGUUCUGCUGCCCAGUGACUUGGUGCUACCUGUACUGGCCUUUAUGGAGGCAGUGCUGCCACAGGCCAGUCUCCCAGUUGUACCAUUUGAUGAAGAGUCCCUGGGUGUAGAGGCCGUGACUGUGUCUUGGGAGCUGGUGCAGGGGCUAAGCACGAACCCCCAUGAUUUCUGGCCCACACUGAAAGCUUUCAUCUCCAUGGCCUUCCACCCGCGCCUGCUUCAGCUGACGGACACCCAGGCCCCAAUGCUUACUGCCAGUCUGAAAGAGAUUGCCGGUGAUCUGAUGGAGCUGUCUCAGUCGAAGAAAGGCGUGUUCAACGUGCUGAUUAAACACUGCUGCCAGACAUGGCUGCCCUCAGGCCGAGGAAGUGGCGACCAGGCUGAUAUCAUGUUUUCUAGUGUUUUCGACCACAUAAACAUAAUCGCUGAGGCCUGUGUCUAUGGGCCAGUGUUCAGGAGAGACCAGCGGCUAAUCCAGGAGGUCCAAACCUAUGUUGAACAGCUUGGAGAAGAGUGUGCUGCCAAUCUAGUAGUGACAGGGGAUAACAGGGACAAUCAGUUCCCCCGCAUCUGUGUACUGGCCUUCCUCAGUCACCUGGACCCCUCAAACCAGCUGCAUGAGAGACUGAUGGAGGCUCUUGUGACCCAGUUGCUGGAGAAGGAUGAGCAGAUAUCAAAGUCAAAAGUACGUUACUAUGGCAACUCUCUGCAGCAUCGUGUGAAAAAUAGGGUUUGGCAAACAGUGCUGCUGUUACUGCCCAAACUAAGGGAGGGAUUUGUGGCCACUUUGCUGAGCCGUGUGUUUAAGGCAGGAUUCUGCAGUAACCAGGCGUCAGUCAAGUACCUGAUAGAGUGGACCAUGAUUCUGAUUCUGGUCCGGUACCCACAGCACCUGGAGAGCUUCUGGGCCUGCUUCAGCGUAGAUGAAGAAAAGACCAAAACAAGCAUCUGCACCUUCCUGUCAGUUUUAGUCCAUUUCAGCGUCAUCAUGCCCACGCUCGAAAAUCAGGCAGCGCAGCUGCGCAAAGCGCUGGAUGUCAUCCUGCAGUGGUGUUUCAGCCAUAACUUCAGCGUCCGCCUAUACGCCUUGCUCGCCCUAAAGAAGGUGUGGUCCUUGGCGGAGGCCAGGGCGGAGGCAGAGGAGGGGAUGGAUGGCUUGGAAGAGCUAUCUACUGUUAUCCAAGCCUGCCUGAGCCAGGCGGAGGCUAUGCAGAGCACUGGAAAUGCAAACAAGAACUGGAGCAGGAUUCAGGAGCACUUUUUCUUUGGUGCCUUUCAUCCUAUCAGGGAUUACAGUGUUGAGACCAUACUCUACAGUUUCCCCAGUCUGUCAGAGCUGGCUGACGAUGAGUGGAUUCCACCUUGGAAGUCGGAGGAGCUGGGGGGCUUCUCAGAGAGUUUGUCUCUCCCGUUGAGAAAUCCGGUGGAUGACCUGAGGCAGCUCAGGCCUGGAGACUGGAUUCAGCAAGACAAAGGUGAGCAGGCUAAGGAGGAGCGCUGGGCAGAGGUUCAAAAGAAGAUCAUCCCUUGGAGUCUGGGGAUUCAGGAGCAGGAGCCUGAGCUUAUGCUGGUACCACAACAGAGAGCUGCCCGACUGGGCAAACGCCACGGUGCCCUCCUGGUGGUUGCCUCGCUCAUUGACAAACCCACCAAUUUAGGAGGCCUGUGUAGGACCUGUGAGAUCUUUGGUGCCAAUGCAUUAGUUCUGGACAGCCUGCGCCAUGUCAGUGACAAGCACUUCCAGUCCCUGAGUGUCUCCUCUGAGCUGUGGCUUCCUCUGCUCGAGGUGAAGCCUGCCGAGCUCGUCAACUUUCUGCAGGCAAAGAAGAGUGAGGGCUAUUGCAUUGUGGGGGUGGAGCAGACGGCCAACAGCCAGAGGCUUCAAGAUCACCAGUUCCUGGAGAAGACCCUUCUGCUUCUUGGCAACGAGCGGGAAGGCAUACCUGCCAACUUCCUGCAGCUGCUGGAUGUGUGCGUGGAGAUCCCUCAGCAAGGGGUCAUCCGCUCUCUCAACGUGCACGUGAGCGCCGCCCUGCUGAUCUGGGAGUACACGCGGCAGCACGCCGCCUCCGACUGAAGAGAGAAUGGUGCCAGCUUCUCGGUAUGUGUGUACUCUUCACCCGGUGCCGGAGAAAAUGCUGUUUGCAGUUCUUGGCGUCGACUGGAUUGGUUUCAUCACCUGACUUGAGUUGCAUUUUAUUCGUUCCUUC